AUGUUUGAUACCGGUAUAGCUAUCGAUCGGCAUAGGAGCAUCCCUCUUUUGAAAGACGUUACCGGUGUAGGAACGAAUGUCAGUAAACCGGUAAAGGCAAGGGCUAGGGCAUCAUUAACGGCCCUCGCUGAUAGCUGGCAUCUAUCUGUCCAAACUGUUGAUCAAGUGGGCAAGGGAAGGUCUAGCUGUCAAGCGGUCGAGCGAGAGCGGGAGAAGCAAAGGUCGGGACAGGGCAGCGAUAUCUGGAAUAGCAUCGGUUGUUCGAAUCCUUUAACUCCAGAUUGGCACAGGAUCUGUCGUUACUUGAACUUGACCGAGAUUGGGUUAUGGUUCGUGUACCGCUUCACUAAUAACAGGAGUGGGAAAGGGCUCAUUUACGAUGUUUAG